AUGCUGCAGCUGCGGGACGCGGACGAGUCCGGCCCGGCCGGCGGCCCCGGCAGCCCCGGCAGCCCCGGGGCCGCCACGCUGGUGCCGGGGGGGGCCGGGCCGCCCUUCGAGCCGGCCGCGCCGCCGCCCCGGCAGACGCUGCGGCCGCUCAGUGUCCGCACCGCGGGCCGCGCCGGCCGCCUGCGCCAGUACUUCGUGUUCCGGCCCGGCACCAUCGAGCAGGCGGUGAGCGAGAUCCGCGUGGUCGUGCUGCCCGCCGAGGACGGGGAGGUGCAGAGCGUGUGGCUGCUCACCGAAAUCGAUCACUGGAACAAUGAGAAGGAGCGCCUUGUCCUCAUCACAGACUGGUCCCUCCUGGUCUGCAAGUACAACUUCAUCAGCCUGCAGUGCCAGCACGUCACCAGGAUCGCCCUCAGCGCCGUGGACACCAUCUCUGUGGGGGAGUUUGUGUUCCCACCCAAAUCUCUCAACAAGAGGGAAGGUGUCGGUAUCCGCAUCCAGUGGGACAAGCAAAGCCGAGCCUCCUUCAUCAACAGGUGGAACCCCUGGUCCACCAACAUCCCCUACGUGACCUUCACCGAGCACCCCAUGGCAGACGCUGACGAGAAGAUCUCGUCCCUGUGCCGGCUGGAAAACUUUCAAACACAGCUGAUCCAGGCUGUGAAGAAAGCCCACAAGGAGGGCCCAGUGCCAGGAAGCACUAACGGGGUGUUGGUGCUGGAGCGGCCCAUCCUCAUCGAGACCUACCUGGGACUGAUGUCCUUCAUCAACAACGAGGCCAAGCUGGGCUACUCCAUGACAAGAGGCAAAAUUGGAUUUUAAACCCCCCUGUGUAUCGGCUGUUCAAGGGCAAGGUGAAUGAGCCGUGGUGUGUUCUGUGUCCCAGUGCCUGCUCUUCCCAGUCCAUCAAGUGCCACUGGAACCUGCUGAAACCCCCAGUGCACAGCAGAACCUUUGUGCCACGGCCCUGCUGUAUCCCCGUGUACGGUGUCAAAUCCUGUCGUGUGCUUGGGACUGCUUUGUGUUGUUCCAGAGGAAUUGCUGUUCCAAUCACCAUGAUCUCAGUGCUCUGAUUAAUGCCUGUUAGGAAUUUUCAAAGCUGUCAGUCAGUCUUUAACAGUAUUUGCUAGCUUUUGCUAAAGCUGCACUGUUCCACCUGCUCAGCAGCAGUUAGUGAACUCAAUAUGCAUUUCUGAGCUUCUUGUAAAAUCUCUCUAAGAACCUAUUGGAACUUCCUCUCUACUUCUGUUUCUUUGCUGCAGCCACAGAUUAAAGACUGUUGUGAGAGAACGUUGCCAAAAGCCUCACAAACACGUUUGCCUUCAAAGAUGUUCUUUGUAGAACUGAAAAGGAAUUCUAUUUUGGUUAGAUUGAUACUCUUAGCCAUUUUUCUUAAAUCCACUCUAGUUUGGGCCAGGACUUUGUAAUGGAGACAGAGAAAACUUUCAGCACUGUGUGUCAGCCUUGGUUCAUACAUUCCUGCGCUGAACCUUUCAUCCAGGAAUGAAAUUCAGAAGCAACCCAAGAGAUUACAGCUCUAAUUGCUCAGGAGGUGACUCUAACAAGCUUUUUCCUUGUGCAUGACCUUCUCUCUGUGCCCUUUCAUCAGAGCAUUUAUCUGCUGGAUGAACACUGUGCUGCAGUGGUGGGGUUUUUUGACCUUAAUGUAGGUGGGUGUUUGUGCAGUUGGUCCUAACUCCAGCUUUCCAAGCUUCUCCAUGCAUUUUCUAAGUUCCCUGUUCAAUUUUCAUUAACCUUGCAGUAAAGUUAAGAUUUCAACUCUUA